UCUCCUAUAAACCCCCUCCUCCCCUGUCUAUCUUCUACCUCUCGCAAUACAAAAACUUGUGUAGCUCCCCUGCUUUCGCUUCCUUAUUUGGCUCCAAAGUCUCCCAUUUUAACACCUUUAGAAUCUGAAAAACAGCAGCGCCCAACUGGGAUUUCCCUCUUUCUUUCUUUACAGAGAGCUCGCUCUCUCGUCUCUGCUUUCUUGCUCCGUAUCCAGAGUUUUGGGAUGGGUUCCUUGCACGUAAACGCUUCUGGGUAUCCGAUUCUGUUUUUGGUCCAAUCGGAUUAGCUUUUGAAAUCUAACCCAGAUUCGAAUAUCGGUAUUUUUUUUUUAUUCUUUGACCAGAUUUUGGAUUCGGUGUUCGUAAUUUUUGUAUUUGGGGGUAUAUCUUUUCGUUUGUUCUGAUAUCUAUAUUAGCUUUUUUGACCCAUCUCGAAUUCUCUUCAAUCACUGAGUUCAAAGAAUUGUCUCCUGGUUUUACUUGUUGGAACCUUGAGAGGGAGAGAGAGCCGGGCAGAGCGAUAUCUUCUGUUUUGGAUUUUCCUUGUUUUUGGUAUCCGAUGGCUGCUGGGAAUCAUGGCAAAUCCAAGUUGGGUGUUGAUGAAUCACUGAGAAUAAGCCAAGAUUGGGAGAUUGACAACGGCAAGGGACCUGAGUUUAGCUCCGAGAGGCGGCGUUGGAAGUCAGUUUUUGAUGAAGCUUCCAUGUCGAGUAGGCCUCUCAAGAAGAUCCGAAGCCCUGAACGUCACAACCCCAUUCAUUCCUCUGCUUCUUUAGCUCACCAACCUCAUCCAUUCUCCAUUCCCAGCUCAACUUCCUCUGUAACUCUUUGUCCUCCUCCCCCUCCUUCAAGACUUGCGUUUCCUUUUGCAUAUGAUGGAUCUCAACAAUCCUUUCACUUUCCCCACCAAUUUAGAACCACAGCUUUGCCGAUGUACCGCCCACCUCCGCUGCAACCACUACAAAAUCAGCAGGAGAUGAUUUCUUUCGCUUCGAAACAACAUCAUAGCGUCGCUUAUCCGCAGUUCUUGGGCGGAGACGUGGCGCUGAUGCAUCUCCAGCAACAGCAGCAGAUUCUUCAAUAUUGGAGUGAUGCACUGAAUUUAAGUCCCAGAGGAAGGAUGAUGAUGAUGAAUAGGUUGGGGCCGGACGGUAGGCCUUUGUUUCGUCCUCCGGUGCAGCCCCUACAUACUACCAAGCUUUACAGGGGAGUGAGGCAACGGCAUUGGGGCAAAUGGGUAGCUGAAAUCCGUCUCCCUCGCAAUAGGACUCGCCUUUGGCUAGGCACAUUCGACACAGCCGAAGAUGCUGCCAUGGCAUAUGAUCGUGAGGCCUUCAAGUUGAGAGGAGAGAAUGCUAAGCUCAAUUUCCCAGAGCUUUUUCUCAAUAAGGACAAAGCAGCGUCCACAGCUCCUAGUUCCACUACAUCUUCUCCCCCGACUCCCAAUGAAAGUUCAAGGUCAAGUCGGUACUCGAAGCAACCUAAACAAGCUCCAAAAAGCCUUGAUUUGCAGGCUUUAGAUAUGGAGAUAAGGCCACCAACACCACCACAGCCACAGACAGUAGAAGAUAACGCCCAUUCAGGAUUGGGGUCAAGUGAGGAAGCUCAGGCAAUUUCCGCAGGUGCUGAUGUAGGGGAAGGUGUUUCACAGUCACGGGAACUGGUUUGGGGAGACAUGCAAGAGGCAUGGUUCAAUGCAAUUGCAGCAGAAGGUUGGGGGCCGGGUAGUCCUGUGUGGGAUGAUUUGGACACCAACAAUAAUUUUCUGCUGCAGACUCAAAUUCCCUUUGCUAUUCCAAAUCACCUGGAAUUCAAUGACUGUGAUCUUCAGAGUCAGCAAGAGACCUUAGCCUCCGCCUCCUCCUCCUCCUCCUCAUCUUGUCCCAUGAAACCCUUCUUUUGGAAGGAUCAAGAUUGAAAGAUCAUUCCCAAACCUGUGCGCAACCUUUCCUUUUUCUCUGUAGGAUCAAUAAGAAGGCUUUGAAAGGCCUGCAAAAUCCUUGUACUCUUUAUAAUAUGCAUCUUAGGAUAGUCUAGCCUGAAUUCCCACCUUUUCCUCACCCUGGUUGCUCAUUUAUCACAAAACAACCAGUGAUUCCCAUUUGGAAGUUGAUAACUUUCUUAGGAUCUUCGAAGUUUCAAAGUUCAAACCAUCGUUAGCUUUGAGUUCUGAACUCAAUACACAUCCACACUACCCCCCAUUAAAGGUUCGAUUCUCCUCCACUCCAUCUACUGCAAAAGGCUGAAUAUUUUUCCAGGCCUUUCAGCAGUGGCAGUACAGAUCAUUCCUUAGGAAUCGUUGAGCAGUGACGUUUUAGCUUUUUAUGUUUGUUAAGGUUAUGCAGUGGUUGUCGUUAAUUAUCAAAGUGCUGGACCAGCACAGAAGCAGACGGUUUUGUGAUCUCCUUCAGUUGGUCCCCUUAAAUCAGUAGCUUUGUUUCCAUCGUAGAUUGUGUAGUACUUCUUUCUAAUCUUACCAUUGUAAUGUUAAAUAUCCCUUUUUUUCUUUUCCUUCAACAAUAGUUAUAAUUACAGAUCAAGUAAUUUGCAUCAUUCUCA